AUGUCUAAAUUCUCAAAGAUGGGUUUGGUUAAAGUUUCUUCCUUUCUCGUGGUGAUUCUAUUUCUCAUCAAUGGUGCUUCCUCCACCACUUUUACGGUCGUUAACCAAUGCAACUACACCGUCUGGCCAGGACUUCUCUCUGGCGCCGGAACCGCUCCCUUAUCCACCACCGGUUUCUCUUUAAACACGUCCGAGUCACGAGUUAUCUCCAUACCUGCCUCCUGGUCCGGCCGCAUAUGGGGUCGCACGCUAUGCAAUCAAAACGCCACCACCGGGAAGUUUACUUGCGUCACAGGCGACUGCGGCUCUUCCCAAAUAGAAUGCUCCGGCGCCGGAGCCAACCCUCCGGCCACACUAGCCGAAUUCACACUCAACGGCUCCGACAAUCUUGAUUUCUUCGACGUCAGCCUUGUGGACGGUUACAACGUCCCCAUGAUGGUCGUUCCUCGCGGCGGAGCUAAUGGAGUCGGUAAAUGCAACGCCACGGGAUGCGCGGCUGAUCUCAACGGCGUUUGUCCUGCUCAGCUGAAAGUAACGGUUGACGCAGUGGCUGUGGCGUGCAAGAGUGCUUGCGAAGCGUUUGGAACGCCAGAGUAUUGCUGUAGCGGCGCGUUUGGAACGCCGGACAAGUGUAAGCCGAGUGAGUACUCUGCUUUCUUCAAGAAAGCUUGCCCUACGGCUUAUAGUUAUGCUUAUGACGACGGUACAAGCCUCUUCACUUGCUCCGGUGCUGAUUACAUCAUCACUUUCUGUCCGCCUCCAAGGUAAAUUGUUUAUUAUUUUUAGGAAAUAAGGAAAUUAAUAUAUUAGAUGUGUUAAUGAAAAUUAUUUUAUAAGAUGUGUUAAAAUUUAGAAAAUUUGUUAUUUAAGAAAUGAAAUAAUUGUUUUCUUUUACAUUUGGUUCAAAAAAAUUCAAUUUUUUUGAACUUUUAAAUAUACUUUGUAGAUUUUGUAACGGUUGUUCGUUUUAAAAAAGAAGAGUUCUGUUCAUAUAUUUUUAAUAUAAAUAUUACUUCUAAAGUUGAAUUAUUAAAAUUAUAUUAUUUUACUGUACUUGAUUGUUUGUUUGUUCUUUUCUUUUUGACUGAAUAUUUAGUUGUUUGUUAUAGUUCAGGGCAUGGCCGUCUAACAAUACACGCAAGUGGAGCGGUCGAGCAGGACCCCAAAAUAUAAAAUUAAAAAGUUUAAGAAUUUUUUAAAAUAUAUAGAUAAAUUAUGGUAAAAAACUUUAAAAUUUUAGAUAUAAUGCUAAAUUUAGAGUUUAUAAUUAAAAAAAAUCAGACAAAAUUAUUAAAUUUUAAAAUUACUUGAUAAAAUGUACGAUUAAUAUUUUUUUGGAACAAGGUCUAAAAUUAAUUUGAGACGGCCCUGGUUCAGGGAGUCCCAAACCGGAGGCAGUUAACGUUUCGGCCGCAGCUUCUCCGGCCGCGUCACCUACCUUCUCAGUUGCAUUCAUAUUAAGCGUUUUAGCUGUUUCGGUUUCUUGGGUGGGGAGUGAGCUUUGGUGAUAUAUAUCAACAAGUUUAGUUUUAUUCUUUUACCAAAAAAUAAAAGUUUAGUUUAAUGUGACUGUGUUUGUUGCGAUUCUAUAGAUUUAGAAUAGUUAUGAAACAUACAUAUUUUACAUUCCAAAAAUAGUAGAGUUUUAUAAUAAUCUGUCGCGUGAUAUCAAUAACACAAGUUUUAUAUGGACCACUGAGGAAUAUUAAGAGCGGAUUGACAUAAUUUAUAAAACAACAUGUUUUCUCCAGUGUAUAAGCAGAGAUCAUGACUUCUUUCGAUGUUUCUCUUCAUCUUCCUUGCAAGACUUUAUCAAGCUCAGACCAGAAGUUAUCACUAUCGACGUGAGCCAAGGCCAUUAACUUCUUCAUCAUGCUACACUUUCUCGAUGUAAGCUAAAGUGUAAAACAUGUCUUUAUUGUUGGUCGAUAUAUGUUGUGGGCGAUAUCUGAAAUCUGCUUAAGACAGAACUGUUGAAGAAUUCGAGAAGGGCCAUGCUGAUUCAGAGAAAGUCUUCAACGUUACAUUACUCUGUAACCAAACAGAUCAGCACAGCCUUGUUCUGAUCAUGUGGACCGUGGACGUGUUAGUUAUAUAAUAUAACACAGUCUUGUCCUGACCAUGUGGACGCAUAGUGUAUAUAUAUAUAUAUAUCUUUUUUUAUAACUUAAAUUACUAGUACUGACUACUAGAACAAAAAAAAAGAACUCUGCUGUUUUAAAAUUAUUUUGUAGGGUUGUAAAUGGGUGAAACGCUCAGAUGCUCUUAACGAGGCGAAAUUCAUUCUAUCAUACUCUUAUUUAUUCUGUCAUACUCUUAUCUAUUCUGAUACUCUCCAUAUUGAUGGUUAAUAUCGAAAGUGCAUUUUCUCUUCCUGACCGAUUGAAUAGGGAUUGAAUGACGUCAGAUGACCAAUCAAAAAUCAUUAUUCCAUUUCCAAAUCGGGAGUAAUUGAAGCUGUUGUUUUCUCUCUCUCAUCUCACCCCCGCGGGUUUCUUCGGGUUCUUCGGGCGUUCUCUUCUUCCUCGCUAUCAUCGCAUUGAGCUAACUCGGUUUCGUCGCUUGGAUUCUGAAUCAUUUGUGAAUAUGAAGCAAUAAAGAUCUAGAGUGUAUGAAGAUGAAGCAAUAAGAUAUGGAAAUGAAACAAUAAGAAACAAGAGGGAAUUAGGCGAGUUCAAAUGAAGCAUGAGCUGUGUUGCCUUGUGUUCCAAGUCUGUCCCCUAGGUGAAGUACAAGACAAAGAUAAGGAAACUGAAUUACUAUAAUCAGAAGGAGAUGUCUUGUGCUGUGUGGGACAAACAAGAGAGAGAGCCGUUGGAGUGUGAAGAUGUCACAUGAAGGAUCAGCUCACAUGGGUUGGUUAAGGUUCCAAGUCAAUGGAGAUGUUUAGGACAUGUCACUGUCCGGGACCAGCCUGCACAAGAUCAGACUUGUCCUCUUCUCCCCUUGUUUAUUAUUUGUCUAGUUUAUUAUAUCUCAUGUACUUGUAACAUCUUUAUAUAUGGGAUGCUCCCAUAAACAAAUCAAGCAAUGGAAUAAGAGAUUCCUUCUUCAUAUUCUCUCAUUUGCAAUACUCUCUCUCUCUUUCUUAUUUUUACUCAAACUCCUUAAUCUCUUUGAACUUAUCACAUAAACCAUCUCAUAAAUCACCAAUUCUCACAUCAUUGAGCUAUUGAUUCCGUUUCACAGGGUAUGUAUCUUAAAUUGUCGUUAAAGCCAAUGUUUAGAAUUCACCAUAGACGAUCGAUUUAAGGAGAUUUUGAUUUACAAGAUUCAUAGUUGUAAUUGGACUGGACUAAUCGAGGAUCGGUCAAUGUGAAUAGUCUGUUUAUUAGGGAAUUGGAUAAUCAACAACUGUAUAAUCAUAAGAAAAGAUAGAACAUCGGGAAUCAAAGAUGAUGAAUCUUUUCUUUGCAGUGAAAUGUAGAUAUAAUGAUGGAUCUAACUAUCCCUCCGCAGUGAAGGAGACUAUUUAACUUAAUGCGGUGGAGUUUAAAUGCAAAUGUAAUGAUGAUUGUACACAGUUUAGUGUUGUGGAGUUUAAAUGCAAAUGUAAUGAUGAUUGUACAUAGUGUUGUGGAGUUUAACUGCAAGUGUAACAUAGGCGACUGUUGGAGUGAGAGAGAAGUCGUGUCUUCUGAACUCGUGUCAAAAUGGAAGACUUACAACUUGUUAUUGGGGUAAUAAAUCAUUAAAUAACAGGAAUUAGAGUUACUAAAUAUUAUAAUUUUCAUUUAUUAUCUACGAUAGUGCUUUUUGUUAUCAUUUCUUGCAAAAUAUAACAAUAAAAUAUCUAAAUUUCUUAAACUUACAUAGUUUCAUAUAUUUAGACUAUCUAAAUUGUUAUAAUUUUGCUUAGUUUCAUAUAUUUAGACAAUCUAAAUCAAUUAUUUCACUUACUUAUACAAAGUUAUAUUUUUUUAAUCAAUUCAAGUUAUACAAAGUUUCAAAUCCAAAAGUUUCAAAUCCAAGGUAUGCGACUGUUGCAGUGACAAGUCGUGUCUUCUGAACUCGUGUCUUCUCGAGGAGUCUACUUGUAGAUGGGUCAGAUGAUCAUUAUCACCUUCUCCAAAUAAAUAAAAUGGGAAUACUCCAUUUACUUCAUAAAACGAAUAUCUCUCAAUUUACUUGAUUAAACGAAUAUCUAUCCAUGGCGAACUUCGACUUGGCUUCUCUCCCUCCUUCCAUGCUUCACAAGAUUCUAUCCAAGGUAGCAACAACCAGUAUCCGGGACUUUGGUUAUGUAAGAGUUGCUUUCCCUGGGUUUAACGCAGUUGGAAGAGAAGAUUACUUUUACAAAUCUGUCGAUCUCAUUUUCUUGAAUGAUUGGUUAGAUCAGGUCAAUGCUGUUAGAACAUUCAUGCUUAAGUGCUACCAACUGGGUAAUCCAGAGGCCAUCUACUUGCGAGGUAUGUAUGAAUACUUCAUCCUCCAUUUACUUGAUGAAGGAAGGGAAAAGUUCAUCUUGCAGGUGAGAGAGGAUGCUUGCUUGCCAAAUAUGUAGAUGAUAUGAUGAACUUAGUAUUUUGCGUUGAUCAUAGAGGAUUGGUUCACAAGUAUCAUGAUUUUACUCGUGAAUAUGUUGAUCGGAUGUAUCACAUGAUCACUAGUUGUGCACUCUCUAGCCAUUGGGAUUACGGUAAACCUGAGAUGUUUAUGUCUAUGUUGGAAAGAAUAGAUCCCAACGUCUCAUAUGAUUGCUGUUGCUCCGCAAUAAUAGAACCAGUGUUUGUAGUCUCCAUAUAUGGAUCAAGAACACGAUGGAAAUGCGAUCGUUGUUUAUGGCAAUGUGCAGAUUGGGACUUCUGCAAUGAAAUUCAUUUGACUGCUCGUGACUGGCCAAUUGGAGAUUAGUUGUGUGUUGACAUGUAAUUUUUAUCUACUUUUGCUAAGUUUAUGUAAAAUACAUUUCAUAAUGUAAUGUCUCUACUUUAUCUCUAGAAAAUUAUCUUUAUUUAUUUUAACUUCAAUAAAAGAACAUAUUGCCAAUGUAAAAGAUACAAUAAAAGAACAUAUUGUCAAUGUGUUUCAAAAAAAUAAAUGCCAAUGUAAAAGAUACAAUCAAAAUUAGUUCAACUUCUACUAAGUUUUAUAGUUAUUAAAAGUGCGACUUAGUUGAAAUUUUAUUAAGUUGCACAGUAACACAAAUGUUUACAGUUACACCAACUCUUACUAAUUUUUCGGAAGUUGUGAAGAAACAGAUCCGAAUUUUAUGGGUCGGGUCUGGAUGGUCCGCACCAGUGCCCUUGGUUGAGUUUUAAUUAUGCAAGUUCUUUUUUGUUUCGUGGUCUUUUGCUUAUUUUUUUGGAUUUAAGUAAAGUUUUAUUUAAUUAAUUUUUCUGGCAAGAGCACUGGAGAAUUUUUUUUUUUGGGCAGGAGCAAUGGAGCAAUUGAUUGGUUGUAAAUCUGGAUUUAGAUCAUGUGCUACCAAAGUUCUUGUUUCUUCUGUAAGUACCAAAUGCCAUAUAUAAAAAAAAUAUAGUUUUUUAGAAUAGUAAUGAAAGAUGACCUUGAUCUCUCUGUUUGUUUUUUUGCUAUAAUAAGUGUACAUUUGUACUUAUUAUAGCAAAAAGAAAACUACACACAUGAAACACCCAAGAUUUAUAUUACAACAUGGUGUUAAGAUUUCAUAGAGAAGAAAAGAUGGGCAGACCAGG